AGAAGAGAUGGCGAAAAGGAGUAGAGUCAGGGCCCUUCUCACCGAAACAACUAGGCCCGAAGUGGCGCCUCCCAGCCAAUCGCAGCCUGCUGUUGUCGCCCUUCCUUCCCAACAGCCAUCCUCUUCCCGCCGAACCAAACGUGCCCGAACUGCCGAACCCGAACGAGUUUUGAUUGAUGAAGAACCUCCUAUUCAGCCGAGCUUUCCACCGAGCCCCCAACCGGAGUCUUCCGACCGAACCAUCGGCUGCUGGGCACCGAAACUAACCUUCAACGACCGAGACAUUCUAGACACAGACUCGGUCGUUGCUGAGAAAGACCACCUGUUGGCCAUUAACCUGGCCAGGAGCGUGUGUCUGCCCAAAGACAUGGAACAUCACCAAAAACAGUUAACCACCGAGCUGAAGUCCAUCCGGUCUGCUACUAAAUCCAUGAUUCUGGCUAUUCAGAAAAACCAAAUCACCCACAGGAAAGUACUGGAGCUGAGGAAAGUGACUAGGCAAGCAGCGGCCGAGGCAGAGGCUAAAUCGGCCGAACUAGAAGAAGCCAGAAAGGAACUGGCCGAACUCCGAGGUGAGGUCGGCCGACUGACCGGAAUGGUUAGUUCGGCCGAAGAGCUGGAAGCGGAGAACGGCCGUCUUGCCGAUCUAGUUAAUUCGGCGGAAGCGGAGAAGCAGAAAGCUGCCAUUGUUAUGAAGGACAAGUAUUUGCGGGAGUUGUUGAAGCUAGAGAAGAGAAAGGACGCCGAAAUGAGCGAACUGAAAAAGAAUAUGGAGGCGGUCGACAAGGGGGGGUACAAGCGAGGUUUCAAGGAGGCAGAAACCGAGGUCUUCAACCCUCCAGAGUACUUUAUACCGAAGUCCCUUGCGGGGUUUGCGGAUGCCCUGCAGCAGCAAUUCCUUGAGGGUUCAGAUACUGACGAAGAUUCUGCUUCUGAGGAUACUCCGGUUGAAAACGUGGAUCAGAUAGAUCGGCCGGAGUCUAGAGUUGAAGAUCUGACUAUUGAACAGCCAAAUGAAACUGUGGCUCCGGUCGAUACCACUAUUGUGACUGAAGGAGUCCUGCCGCCAGAGACCGGUCUUCCAGCUGACACCGAUGCUGCCUUUGAUGCCGAGAUUGAAGAUCUUUUCGCUUGA